CGGCGGCUCAGUUGAUCAGUUGACGCAACCCCGAACUGCGAGGUUUGUGUAGUGUCGCGUCCAGGUGUGGAGAGGCGGGGUGAGAAGGCAAGAAGAGCAGUCUUUGCCUCGGGAAGUGGUUUUUGGGGCCCCAGGGAACGUCGGAAUACCAGAUCUUGAUCUGCGGGGCGGGAUCCUUGGAAGGGACUCAGCACCUCCUGUUGGGGAAGCGCCAUCUGGCAGCGGAAGAGAGACAUUUAGGCACCCCAGGAAAGCCCGACCCCUUGGGGGUAGACCCUAGCUUAGUACUCCAGCAUCUUCUGUUACUGUAAGGCUCCUUCUCUAGGGGCCUAUGUCCCUUACCCGGAGUCAUGGAGACAUUUCGGCCACCACCACGAUGCCACUGUCUGAAGAAGGGGAAGUGACCUCUGGUCUCCAGGCUCUAGCCGUGGAGGAUACCGGAGGCCCCUCUGUCUUGGCCAGUAAGGCCCAGGCAGAGGGGGAAGGAGGCGGGGAGGAAGCCGAGCGUGAGGGGUCCGGGACCGACGAGGCACAGGAAGCCCCCAGCGCUUCGGGGGAAGAGCAUGCAGAGGGAGAAUCCGAGGACUGGUGCGUGCCCUGCAGCGAUGAGGAGGUGGAGCUGCCCGCGGAUGGGCAGUCCUGGAUGCCCCCUCCCUCCGAAAUCCUCCGGCUCUAUGAAUUGCUGGCUGCCCACGGGACCUUGGAGCUUCAAGCCGAGAUCCUGCCUCGUAGGCCGCCCACGCCUGAGGCCCAGAGUGAAGAGGAGAGAUCAGACGAGGAGCCAGAGGCCAAAGAAGAGGAAGAGGAAAAACCGCACAUGCCUACCGAAUUUGACUUUGAUGAUGAGCCAAUGACUCCCAAGGACUCUCUAAUUGACCGAAGACGCACACCAGGAAGCUCAGCCCGGAGCCAGAAACGGGAGGCCCGCCUGGACAAGGUCCUCUCAGACAUGAAGAGACACAAGAAGCUGGAAGAGCAGAUCCUUCGGACUGGGAGGGACCUCUUCAGCCUGGACUCAGAGGAUCCCGGCCCCAACAGCCCCCCACUCCGGUCCUCAGGGAGUAGUCUCUUCCCCCGACAGCGAAAGUACUGACUCCUGCCAUUGCUGCCUCUAGGAUGCAGAGACUGUCGGGCAGGGCCUGGGCCCUGCUCUCCUAACCUGGAAUCUGGAAAACGGGAGAGAAAGAGCAAUCCCAGGCUCCCGUUGCAGCACCUUGCAGGAAGGGGGGAGUGUGUGCUCAUACGUGUGUGUGUUUUCUGUAGAGCAUCUAUUUGGAGACCAACGCUGAAUUUUCCAAGUAAAAAUAAAAGAUGUAGCAUUAUAGUCUCUUAA